AUGUCGACCAACAUAACAAAUUCAACUUUCAUAGAUCAGACUUUGGAUAGUGAUAAUGAUUCAACUUUCUUCACACUUGUGCUGUCAAUUGUGGACGCUAUUUGGGAACAGAGUGGCCUGUCUGAAAUAAAUAACUCCACUUGGUCAAGAUUUGGUUCUAUAAGCACCUACUGCUGUUCAGUCUAUGGCCUUGCCUGCUUGGUGAUGGCAUUGAUUUUAAAUCGAACGUUGGUUAUGGCUUCAACCAAUAGUAUCCAUAACCAGCAAAUGGCCAUUAAUAGACAGCGCCAGAUAAGCGGCAAUAGAGGGUUGAUUGAUGCAUAUAAACUGGCUGCAACCUUGAAAAAGCUCAGCAUUUUCAGCUUUAGAAUUGGGGUAGUCUUGGUUCUACUAUAUCAAGUUUAUAAUGUGCUAAUGGCAUUGAAGUUGAAUCAAUUUUUGGGACUAGCCGGUACAUCGAAUAUAAAAUGGUUUUAUAAUCUUAUUCCAGCAAGGUUUUUCACAUAUUCUCCUGAACAAUUUGCCGAUACAAGAUACAUGAAAACACCUUCGAAGCAAGUCAUGAUUGGACCCACGAGUGACAUGUACUGGCCAAUAUUUUUAACAUUUUGCUUCCUGGCAUUUAUUGAGACUUUUAUUGCUUGCAUUCAAGGUAGAAAGCCAUUUACUGAGAGUGGUAUCACCAUAUUUGAGCACUCUUUAGCAUUCCAAGAGUUCAGCAGCAAUGCUGCAUUUUUCUUUAGCAAUUCAUACAACUAUAGACGUCCCACGGAGCUGGUGUUGAUUACCUCACUUUUCCUGAUAUUGAAUCAUUUGAAUAUCCAUGUCGGGGCAAUACUAAAUAACAACAGAUACAGGUUAAUCCCGCUGACAACACUUGGGUUGGGAUUUUUAGCAUACUUUAUCACCGCACUUGUCAACAAAAAGAUAUUUCAGUUUCCAAUCAUUUUAGCAUUGACUUUUACUCCACAGGUGUUGAUUCUAUUUGUCAUAUUGGUCAGUUUAUCGAUCUUGGUCACUGCAAUAGUUGUCAAUGGGUUUAGGUUUGAAGGAUUGAAUUAUGCAAGCUUUUUUCUCCAUGAAGAUCGAAAUCAAGACAAUAUUGCUGAAAAUGAAGUGGGUGACGAGCAAGACUUGAACUCGCUUGCAAAUUUUAAUAUUAAAUUAAGUGAUGACUUUUACACGGCAUUGUUGAACUUGGGUGUUUUGGCAAUUACUCUGGCAGGAAAAUCGAGCUAUAUCAAGGAGUUGAGUCUUGUUACUUUGGACAACGAAACGUGGAUUGAGAGAAGUCUCUGGCAACAAGUUAAACUGUCGAUAAUACUGAAUCAAGCGUCAGAUGCUGAUACGAGCAGUUUAUUGCGUUCGUUGAAACAAAAGAAAACAGGAUAUUCCAACUUGAUUGAGAAGCCAACUUCCAAACUUGUUACACAUGGUGACUUGGAUUCAGAUGCAUUUCAGUCGUCUCAAGAGAAUCCUUAUCAAACGAGCAGUGUAUUUAAAAGAAGAUUUUUGUAUUUGAGAAGAAUUAUUGUGGACUUUGCUCAACUUUUAUAUCGCAUAGUUUUUGGAGCCCUUGUUUUGCAAUGGAUCCCCAAUUUAUUUAAGAAGUUUUGGAGGAGAGUCACGGGGCUGAACCGAAGAGAAGGGGUUCGGGGUGCUCCUUUGAAAAAGUACGAGAAUGGAAGCUUGGGUUUGGAAACAUCGUCAGGAAAGAACUUGCUCGAACUCGAUUAUUAUAGCGCCGAACAAUUAGACCAGAAUUACGCAUUAAUCUUAACUGGUGCUGACUUGUCAAACUCUGACAAUUCUGAAGAUUACGUCUUUGCUCCAGAGGAGUCAGAUUAUGAAUCAGAUGUUGAAGUAAUAGACCUUACUACAAACUUCAAAAAAAGGGGAUUUAAUGAUGUUGGCAACGACUCUUCACCUUUACAAGAAAUAUUUGACAACGAUGGUUUAAAAGAGUUGUUUGAACAAUCAAGUGAAAACAACCUACAAUUGAUACGUGACCACUUAAACUAUGAUGGAAGAUUGACGCGUUCAAGAUAUCGCAAGUUGCAUUCCAGUACCAAUACCGAACCAAGUUUUAAUUCCAAAGAUGAAAGUGAAAAGCUUAUCGAGUUGAUCAUUUCAAAGAGAAGUCAAAAUAGUGAUGAUCAUACGAAUGAAAACCAUAGAUCAAUGGAAUGUGUCAUUUGUCAAACAAAUAUGAGAGAGAUCAUCACUUGGCCAUGUAAGUGCUUUGCCAUUUGUGAAUCCUGUCGGUUGAGUCUUGUAAGUAAAGGCUUCGAGGGAUGUGUAUGCUGUAGAAGAGAUGUUGAGGGUGUUUCCAAGAUUUAUCUUCCUUGA